CGCACCGCCAACAGGAUCAAACAACAGCAGAAAAUCGUGACACGAACGUUAACGUAAACGCCAGUGCUAAAUGUGUUGUACAAAUUAACAGCUCUUGUCCCAAAUCAGGGCCCACCAGGUUGGGAUAUUUUCUUUAUAUCGGUGUGCUGGAAGCUAGCCAAGCUUGAAGCUGGAAAUAACAUUGUGGUCGCGUCGACUAAAAAAUGAGUUUAAAAAAUUUGGCCGAGUUGGAGGCCACCCUUACCGAGAAGUCACCGUCGAAAAGUCCGAACCAUGCCGUCCUUACACAGCUAACGCGCCGUGCCGCCAUCACGCAAAUAGUGACUGCCGUGGUGGCCAACAUCACAAUCAUCUCGUCCGGCAUGGGCAUCGGGUUUCCUUCGAUUGCCAUGAUUGAGCUGACGAAUUCCACCACCUCGGUGGUGUUGACGGAAUCCAACGCAACGUGGUUCGCGUCCAUCACAUCGAUUAUGUGCCCGUUCGGUGGGCUGCUUUCCGGCUAUCUGUUGGAUAAGGUUGGCCGCAAGAAAACGCUCUACUUUAUCAACAUCAUAUCGAUCGUUUCCUGGGCAAUCAUGUCUUUCGCGAGCCGUACCGAUAGCACCACGCUCUUUAUCGAGCUAAUCGUGGCGCGUAUAAUAAUAGGCAUUGCGAUAGGCUUAUCGAGCACCCCAGCAUCGGUAUAUGCGGCCGAGGUCGCCCAUCCAAAUCUACGCGGGCGCCUAACGUUGCUGACCGCUUUCUGUACCGCUAUCGGCAUGCUUAGUAUCUAUACGCUCGGCUAUGUAUUCAAGAACGACUGGCGGUUCGUGUGUAUGAUCUGCGGCGUGUUUACCGUCGUAUCGCUGUUGACCGUGAUUCCGUUGCCCGAAUCACCCAGCUGGCUCGUGAGUAAGAAGCGUCUGCCUAAGGCGGAACGCUGCCUCAAGGUGGUGCGCGCCAUUAAGGAGGACGACCAUCCGGAAAUUCGGGCCGAGCUAGAUGCACUGGAACAGAACAUCGCACGCUUCCGUUCGACUCAGGAUGGCAAAAAAUCCAAGCUGGACCAGCUGAAAAAGCCGGAAGUUUACAAACCGCUCGCGAUCAUGUGCACGUUCUUCUUUUUCCAACAGUUUACCGGUAUCUUCGUAAUCAUCGUGUACGCCGCAAGCUUCUCGAUCGAGGCAGGCGUUGCCAUUGAUCCAUUCCUGAGCGCAGUGUUUGUGGGACUGACGCGCGUUGUAACGACGUUGCUGAUGUCGUUCAUUUCCGAUAAAUUUGGCCGCCGUCCGCCUGCACUGUUUUCCGGCUUCGGUAUGGCAUCCUGCAUGUUUGGUUUGGCAGUUUGUGCGAUUCAUCCGGUUAAGGGUACUUCGCUUUCCUGGAUUCCAACCGUACUGUUGGUAGCGUUUAUCUUUACGGCCACGCUUGGUUUCUUAACGCUUCCCUUCUCAAUGAACGCCGAAGUUUACCCGACCAAGAUCCGUGGCUUUGCGUCCGGAUUAACCAUCUUCUUCGGUUACACCAUGUCGUUUAUCAUUCUCAAAAUAUAUCCCUCGAUGGUGGAAACUAUCGGGAACUCGAACGUGUUUAUCUUCUUCGGUUGCCUGUCAAUGUUGGGCAUCGUGUUCGUGUACUUCUUCCUACCGGAAACGAAGGGCCGCACGCUGGAAGAUAUAGAGAAUCAUUUCCGUGGCAGCAAGUCCUCGGACAAGCAGGAGGUCGAAAUGAAGACAAUGUUAGCGAGCCAACAACGGCGAUCAUCCUACCCAGGCACUAACACCCACUAAGACACUAUAAAAUGAACAAACUCAAUGGAACCAUGAACUGUGAUAAGGCACCGGUACAUUAAAGAUUAUGUGCGAUUUGUUAUUUUCGUUGUUGUUAUAACUGGUUAAAACCGCGAAUCACGCGUUUCACUUAUGAAGCUACUUAAAGCUGCUACUGGUCGCAUUCAAAAAUGACGUUGUACAGAAGGGAGGGAAGAAAUCUACGAGACCACCAUCAUCACCACACUGCCUGCACACUGAUAUCAAGAAUUUUAAAGACGCCAGGUUUAGUAAUUGUAAUUGAAAAAGGGAAAACAACUUAUAAAACUCAGUUAAUAAUGUAAAAGAACUACGAAU